UACGGGCCUAACAACCCCGCGGACCCUAGUUAUUUCAGUGGGGGUGGCAACACGUACCACUGCUCUUAGCCGGUCAUGACUUUGAUUAGUUGGGACCGGUAGGCCUGGGCAUACCUGCUUGCUAACAGCGAAUAGGCCCUCCUAACCCAGCCAUACCAAGUGAAAGGGUUGCUAACUUGUCACAGGGUAGUUAGCCGAAAGGUAAAGUGACCAUUGGGAUCCUCUAUGGCACCUGGCGCACCAUAGAGUAUACAGCCUUAUCACAGUAUCGAGCUCUGCUGUGACGGACCUUUAUUUCUCGACUUCUCGUGGGAACUAUAUGGAUAAAAACAUAGAAAAACCACAAAACAACGAACUUGUGACGAUCAGGGAUCCUACGGACAACCUGUCGGAACAAGAGCGUGAACUAGCGAUUCUUCGCAAAAGAAUCGCUGUACUGGAAGGUCUCAAUGCCAACAACGGGACUCUUGGUGAACCGUCUACUAGCAAAGAGACAGCAACGUCAACUAAUGCAGACCAGGAGUCGCAAGAUCAACUGGGAGCAGUAGCUGACAAAAUCGAGGAUCUAAAACGUAGACCCUCGGACAAUAGAAUUCAAUUCACUCAGAUAAACCUGCAUCACAGUAAGGGGGCCAGUAGCGUGUUACUAAGGACCCUAACUGAGAGGCAUACAACACCCUUACAAAUAGCACUUAUUCAGGAACCAUGGAUAAAUGGGGACCAGAUUAAGGGGCUAAAUCUAAGGAAUUUUAAACUGUUUCAUAAACAAGCAGAUAAACCAAGAACUUGCAUUUUGGUUAAUAAUAGAGUUAAAGCCAGCCUGAUACUUAAUCUAUCAAGUGCAGACUUGACUAUUAUUAGAGUAACACUAAAUGAUGGUAAAAACAUUAUAGUAGCUUCAGGAUACUUACCAUAUGAGGUCACAGACCCAGGUAGGGACCUAACUAUGCUCUUUAAUUAUUGCAAAAAUGAAAAAUUAGAACUAAUCCUAGGUAUGGAUGCUAAUGCACACCACACUAUUUGGGGGAGCAGUAACAUCAACCAAAGAGGAGAGGUUAUAAUGGAUCUAUUGCUGACUACAGACCUAAGUAUACUGAACAGAGGUAGUGAACCUACUUUUGUUAUCAGGAACAGGCAGGAAGUCAUUGAUCUAACAGUUUGUUCAAAAGGGUUACUUCAAAAGAUAAAAGGGUGGAAAGUGUCCUCCGAACCUUCUCUUUCUGAUCAUAGGCACUUACGAUUCACUUUGGAAAUUAACAAAGUUGAGACGGAGUACUAUAGGAACCCGAAAAGAACAAACUGGGACAAAUACAGGGCAGAUCUCUCUCGUGACCUGAUUAACCUACAGUUUAGAUUGGGGUCGAGACAGAUACUGAAAGGGCUGUAAAUAUGCUACAGGACUCCAUUGUCUCAGCUUACAAAGAAAACUGUCCUUUAAUAGAAAGGAAAGGUACAGGGCAGGGUGUAGCUUGGUGGAAUGCUAACCUGUCUAAAUUAAGAAAGAGUUCACGUAAGCUCUUAAAUAAAGCAAUGAAAUCAGGUUAGGAACAACACUGGGAAUCUUAUAAGGACG